GAGUAAAGAGAGAGAGAGACGACGACGUUACAGUACUCUCUCACACGAUCACAUUCACCGGUAACAACAUCAGUACUCCGGUUAGACAAACAACAACAAACCCUUUUAAAAUGGAAGAUUCUAGAGCUUCUCCUUUAGACCCUCGAGCUCAAGAGUUUGUACCACUAAACCCUAUCUCCUCCCGUUUUUACUUUCCCUACACUUCUCUUCCGCCGCCGCCGCCGCCGCCGCAUUUUCCCACGCCUCCUCCGUCGUCGUACGGAUUAUCUCCGACGGAACCAACGGUUUUCACGUUCUUUAACCUCCCACCACAUCCCUUGAUGUUUUCUUCUCCUCCUCCUCCUCCACCACCACCACCACCGCCCCCGCGUCCGUAUUUUAAUGGUGUUUCAGCCGUUCAACGGCUUCCUAUCCCGUCAAAGUCUCCCACGCGAUCUCUUUCUCUGAUCUCCGUACCGCGUGACGUCACCGAGUCUACGGUGAGACGCGACUUGGAGGUGUUCGGCGACGUGCGUGGCGUGCAGAUGGAGAGGAUCUCUGAAGGAAUCGUGACCGUCCAUUUCUACGACAUCCGUGACGCUAAAAGAGCUGUUAGAGAGAUUUGCGGUAGACACAUGCAGCACCAAGCCAAGGUUGGUGGUGGUGGUGGAACCGUUUGGAGCUUACCAUCUUCUUCCUCAUCGGUUCGUGGGUUUGUUUCCGGUAGACCUGUGUGGGCUCAGUUUGUAGUUCCGGCUACUAGCGCGGUUCCUAAUGGUUGCAACCAAGGAACGUUGGUGAUCUUUAACUUAGACCCUGAAGUCUCUUCCAUUGCUCUCAGACAGAUUUUCCAAGUUUACGGUCCCAUCAAAGAGUUGAGAGAGACACCGUACAAGAAACAUCAAAGAUUCGUUGAGUUUUACGAUGUGAGGGAUGCAGCGAAAGCUUUUGAUCGAAUGAACGGCGAAGAGAUUUGUGGGAAGCAAGUUGUGAUCGAAUAUAGCCGACCAGGUGGGAUUAAGAACAAGUUCAUGUCAUUAAGGCAACCACAUGUACUGUUUCAACCGGCUCAACCGCCACCUAUUCUAGCUCCUCCUAUGAGACAGUCUCUUACCCUGAUGAAGGAUAAAAACAAAAAUGUGAGCCCUAAUAAUGGAGUUGAUGUUGUCGAAGCUUCUAUGGGUUCGUUGUGUAUCAAUGAUGAUGAGGAUAAUAAGAUCCGAGGAGCGGAGUCCGAAACAAAGAGCAAGAACAUGGCUAAGUGGGGGAAGAAAAGACUUAUGAAGAGCAUGGAACUAAUUCAGUUCCUUAUUAGUGAAGAAACCAUGGAUGAUCCAAGUUGCAGAGAUCCACGUACCACUUUGAUGAUCAAGAACAUACCAAACAAGUACAGUCAAAAGCUGCUGUUGAAUAUGCUGGAUAAUCACUGCGUUCACAUCAAUGAAGCGAUCACCGAGGAAAGGGACGAACAUGAAGCUCAUCAUCAACCCUUUUCUUCUUAUGAUUUCGUGUAUCUCCCGAUGGAUUUCAACAACAAGUGUAAUGUUGGUUAUGGGUUUGUGAAUAUGACGUCUCCGGAGGCAGCUUGGAGGCUUUACAAGGCGUUUCAUCUUCAACGUUGGGAGGUUUUUAAUUCUCGUAAGAUUUGCCAAAUCACAUAUGCGAGAGUUCAGGGUUUGGAAGAUCUAAAGGAACACUUCAAGAGCGCCAAGUUCCCGUGCGAGGCUGAGCUUUACCUUCCGGUAGUCUUUUCACCUCCACGAGACGGGAAGCAGCUAACGGAACCUGUCUCUAUCAACAUUGACGGUUGCACCGGACUCGAUAGUAAACAUCUUGAGCCAAUGGACGGUCAAGAUCACUCUGUCAGUAGAUCAAUUUCCGGUAGUGACCAUUAUAAGAGUCUGGAAGAUGAAUUUUCCAGCAGUAGCAUCGACGGUAGCCAGGGUUUAACGGUGGUAGGAGAGACAUCUUUCUAGAAAUUGUGUUUGUAAUGUAAACCAUAAAAUAUAAGAAGUGUAAGUAGACACAUUUUGUUAAGUUUUUGU